AAAUUUCAGUUGCUCGGCAUUGGAGUGAUUGUGGUGAAUGCGAUUUCGCUCAACGAUGUCGCCAAGGAGACACGCCCCAUUCUCAUCUUCUUCAUUGUGAUUGGCUCAGUCAUAUUUUUGAUAUCCUUCUUUGGCUGCUGCGGUGCCAUCAAAGAGAGCUCAUGCCUGACCUGGUUGUAUGCCAUUUUUUUGCUGAUCAUAUUGGUUUUGACCUGCGUGCUGGCCUUUGUCUAUGUCCGCAACACUGAUGAGCAACAAUUGGCCAGAACCGAACUGAACUCGGCAUGGGAUAAGCAGAAGAAUGGCACAGAUGCCAUGGGUAUCUAUCAGGCAAAUUUCAAGUGCUGUGGCGUUAAUGGUCCCGAUGACUAUAAGAAAGCUAAUAUUACAAUUCCACAAAGUUGUAAUCUCUCCGAAAAUAGCUCAACCACUGUGAGUCACUCGGUUUACCCUGAGGGCUGCUUAAAUAAAGUGAUCGAUGUUUAUGAGCAAGCAUUUCACUUCGUCAGGGUCUUUGCCUGGAUAAUGGUAGCCAUUGAGGGUGCUGCCUUCGUCUGUGCCACGAUUUUGGGCAUCAACUUCAACAACGAAGCACGCCGUUCCAGAUAUUAAGUUUAAAUCUUUUAUAUCUAUACAAAACAUAAAUUAACCAAAUGUUAUUAAUGUAAAUCAACGAAAGUUAGUUAAUAAACAA